ACAAAAAGGACCUCCAUCUCAACCCUCUUGGCGCGAGCGAGCGAGCACGCACGCUCGCACAUUCUCUUCACAUAUCUGAAAAUUUUCCCUCUAUCCAAACUAAAAACAGACAAUUUGAAAAAGCGUAAGAAAAAGCGAAAAUAAAAAUCGCGGAGCUGUCUCUGCAAUCAGAAUACCACCGCCGCGUCCCUUUCUCUCUCUGUUUUUUUUUCCUUCUAGAUUUCAUAGGAAUAAUCUCCUGGGAAACAAACAAAUCUCUGCCCGUAACAACUCUCCACAUGUAGUUAAGUUAAAGCCUCUUCAAUCAACAUAACCGCUGUAGAUAAAAUUUCUAAGUCUAUCCACUUGCCUCGUUUUCUGGGAAAAAAUAAAAACAAAGCGUUUUUUUGGUUUUAAAGUUUAUAAUUAAUCCUCUUCCUCUUAGAAUUUUUUUUGUCGUUUGGGUUUGGUCUCUAAGAUUUUGACGUAAAAUCUCGAAUUUUCUGGGAAAAGAAUGAUGAGAAGGCAGCAUCAAGACGAGCAAUCUAGGAUCUUCUACGAGCUCUCCGCUCUGGUCCUCAACAUCCUCCGAUCCCCACCGUCUCCGAUUCCGUUCUCCGAAAAUUCUCAGCCGGCGGCGAUGACGACAUCGUCUUCGUCAGCCUCCCGGCGGCCUUAUUCGGCGGCGCAGAUCUCGCCAGCGGGGUUCGCUUCGCUGCUGCUGGGGAUUUCUCUGGCCCUGAUGCUCUGCGGAUCGGUCACUUUCUUCAUUGGCUUCAUAUUGAUGCCAUGGGUUCUCGGGCUGGUCAUGGUAUUGUACGUGGCCGGAAUCGUCUCGACCGUCUCGAUGCUCGGUCGCUCCCUUCUCUGUUACGCCACGGCACCGCCCACGCCGCGGAAGGACGUUCCUGCAUGGAAACUUAUGUGAAGAGAAGAGAUGGUUAUGAGAGAAGAUUGAAUUAUGUCGGGAAGGAUCUGGAUUGCGGCGAUGUUCUUGUGUAUAAUGCUCCUUCUAGCAACCAUAGGGACAAUUAGAACACUGAGCUUCUUAUUGAUGCAGGUAUUGUGCAUAAUUGUUGACUAACCUCUUGCUGGAUAUGUGGAUAGUAAUAGAUAUAGAGAAUUGUCAAAGAUUUUCAUGUACCACGUACUACCUACUGAGUUCCUAGUUGUAAGAAGUAGUAGGAACUAUUCCCAGUUUCUUUCUUCAUUUAUAUUUCAUUUUACUACGGGUUAAUCUUCUUUCGUGGUUAUGGAUAUAUAUACACAAUUGUAGCCAUUCGGCAUCAUAAUGGUCUCUCAUGUUUGCUUGUUUAUUUUCUGUAAGUGACAGUGUUCCAAAUCCUGACAAGAAUAGAGUUUUUGAACAUAUUAUUUAUUUA